AUGAAGGGCUUUUUUCUACUCAUCUUCUCAGUGAUAUCAGGAGAUGGCUGUCCUAAACCUGUGAUUCAGACAGCUUACGAAUCAGCUAAAACCACCAUCACGUGCAAGCCCCCGGAGCAUAGCGAGCUAAUGGAGAUAAAGUUUUUCUGCAAAGAGAAAAACUCUGUCUGUUAUAAUGUAUUAUUACCUACAUCCUCUCAGCGGUCAGACAGUAAGGUCAACCUCACAGAGACCAGCGGAGGCUUCAAUCUGUCCAUCAGGAACCUGUCGCUUCAGCAUGAUGGUCUUUACUGGUGUGGCUUUAAAGAAGGACAAAAGACGUAUCGUGUGGCCCUCACACAACUUGCAGUAAAGGAAAUAACAACCUUUGAGAAAUCAACAACUUCUGGAGAGGACCUCUCGUUCUUUUGCAAAUAUAAGGAUGCACGGUACUCAACAAAGUUUAUUUGUAAGGGAGAGGACCCGUCCACGUGCCAGCGUCUUGUAAAUACCACAAAGCCUAACAAAAACUCAAGGUUUUCCAUGUACGAUGAUAAAAAUAAAAAAAAUAUCACCGUGACAAUGAGAGGGGUGACUGCGGCGGACUCUGGGAUGUACUGGUGUGGAGGAACACUCUCCGGAAAGCAGGGGGACAUCGAGCUCAUCAGCAGAAUGCUUUUGAACGUGGAAGGGACAGGACCCACACCACCUCCUGCUCCUACAACCCACUCCAGGCCCGUUCUGAUUGGCGGAGGCGUCUUUCUGCUGCUGCUGCUGCUGCUCUUCUUGAUUUUAGUCGUCAGGCGAUUUGUACAUCUAAGACAGAAGGCAGACAAAGUAUCAGAGCAGCAUCCUAAAGAGGAUUACGUCUAUGAGGAAAUAGAGGGAAGAACCCGGAGGCCAGAAUCAGAAAAUACAGUGAGUGGCAUUUAUGCCCUGGCCGGUUUUCCCACAGUCAACCCGCUCUCGCUGCAUUACAGCACUGUAAACUUUAAAAGCAGCCCGGCCCCCGAUGGACAGUCCCUGGCUCCUAAAACCAACUCCACUUGUGUAUAUUCUACACUGAAAAGCAGCCAGCCACCGGUUUACGCCACUGUUGGCUCAAAAGAGAAGCCACAGCAGAAAUGAAGAAAAGCAACUCUGUGAAGAAGCUCACAUGGGAGAAAAUGACACCCAGUAUUUUUUAUAUUAUUCACAGAAAAACACCAAUGAUCCAACAUUCUUGUAAUAGAAGAGGUGACAUUUGUCUCUAUCAGUAAGAUGAGUCCUUAAUUUAAUUUCUGGAUUAAGCUAAUUUGUUAUAGGAGUUUAAAUGGGAAAGAUGUAAUUAGAUAUUAGUAUGA